AUGACCCCAUCUCCAUUCUUCUACAGAGGUUGGGAGGCCUGGGGUAAAGACAACUUCCAAUCGUUGAAGGCUAGAUUCGAUGCAGAGUUUGAGCCUGCGAACAGACUCAAGAAAAAUUGCGUCAAGGAGUGUAACAAGUUCAAGCAGCAAGAAUUUGCAAAACUCAGCGAGGACAAAAAGGAUAAAUGGUCCGAAGUUGUUCGCUCAGAGUGGGAAGAAGCAAAGCGGCUCAUCGAGGAGUGGGGUUCGAUGCCAAGGUUACUCGAACCAGCUGACGCCCAGAAAAGGGGUGGGCGAGGCAAUUGGGAUGCAUGUUACAGUCCUCAUUGGGGGGCCAGAGCCCAAAGGCAGGGACAAUUGAAUGUCAUCAGCAUGCACUAUGGGGUGGACAAGCAGGCAGUUCCGAAAGUCUGGGAUCAUGCGGAUAAGGCCGGCUACAAGCUCGUUUUCGUGCAACUCUUUUACUCAUAUUAUACUGUCUCAGCACCAGAAGAACAAUGGGUGCACGCCAUGGAAAAGGAUUCCCUUCAAGACGAUGCACUGCAUCCCAUGAAUUCACCAUCCAAUACCUCUCAAGCGCCCUUACUGUCCAGUGCACCGAAGGCCUCGGAGUUGGAGUUAAGUGCACACACUGGCAGGAAACAUAAGCAAAGUGUCAAAGGAAAAUAUGGGAGGAAGAGUGAGAAGCAGAAGAAGCAAAAGAAGAUACACACAUUCGUGGUGUCUGAUGAUGAUGAAGACGAGGAUGACGAGGACAACAGCGACAAGGACGACAAUGACAAUGAUGAUGAGGAAGAAUUGGACAAAGAAAAGGCAGGCAAUGAUGACAACAAUUCCGGCAAUGAUACACCAACAGUAGCUGCGCCUGAUGGUUGCCAUCUCAUUCAAUCAGCCCAGCUUGACCAAUCCAUACCACAUUCCCCUCGCCCCUCAUGGUACACCACCAUCUGGCCCAACGAGAACCCCCAUUGGUCAUGGCCCAGCUCCACCAUCCCAACCAACGACACCUCUAGCAGCAACUCAAUGGCCUCAUAA